AUGAGAAGAAACCAAUCAGCGGACAAUUUAGAAAAUAGGGACUUGGCGAUCAAGAGCGAAGAUCGCAAAGGUCAGUCGUUCAACCACGAGCAGUUACUCAACCAUGGUGCAGGUUGUAAAUGUUGUUGCUGCUGUACUCCCAAUAAUUCACUCCUCAAAUAUGUACAACCUGAAGUAUCAAAAUCUUUUGCACCAAUUCGUUAUUACUGGAAAUCAACUACACCUAUGGAUAAUGAUACGACGUACCGGCUGUCCUACUGGGAAUGUCCAAAAACACCGAUAGACCCUAUUCGACCACAAAAUAGUUUAACUACUGGUGAUGGUGAAACAUCGGAUGAAACGACUUACAAGGCCAGUUACCUCGGUAAUUGGUGCAUACAGCCGGAUCCUUCCAUUAUACCGUGUGAGAAAAUGUGGCUGGGUAGAGGACCCAUACAAAAUAUAACUACUCAGAAGCAUGACUAUUCAUGGAAAUGUAUUGAACCAGACAAACCUAUCAAACCUCAACCAAACUUGUACUCCUUCCCAGAACCAUUAUCUGAUAAUACAACAUACAAAGAAAGUUAUUAUCAAUCUGGAUGCCACCUACCCGCUGUAUCUUAUACUCCAAUAAGAAAGUAUGUUAAAUCAGAUAUUCCAAUAGAUGACUGUACCACUUAUAAACUCAGUUAUUGGCCAAAUGAAGCCAGCACGAAGGAACAAAUAUGGUCUUGCGAAAGAAAAUACGUACCACCCGUGGAGCCUAUGGAUGUCUGUACAACUCAUAAAUUGAGCUUCUGGCCACAUUCAGAGGAAAAACGUUCACCAAUUAUAAUUAAAGAAACUGACAACUUGUUAAAUGCAGGGUGUUGUUUUGAUAAUAAUACCACAUAUCGGCUCAGUUAUUUCGGUUCUGAAGGUGACAAGCAAAUGCCACUUCGACAACCAGAAAACAUUUUAUUUUCAUCGUGUCCUUUGACACACGACACGAUUCACAGGAUGAGCUUUUUAGGAAACUGGUGUCCAAAACAAGAAACAAUGAUUACACCAUGCAAUAAACAAAUGUUAGGUAAAGGACCAAUGCAAGAUGUAACCACCCAAAAACAUGAUUACACAUGGAAGUGUACACCAACAGAAUCAGAAACUCGUCCUGAAGAUAACCUCGUUUGUCCAGCUUCGGAUUUUGAGUGUUCCACUACUCACAAACUCUCGUACAUGUGUAAUGAUAAACAAUUACUGUCACCUACAAAUAAUUAUGCUCCUACACGAAAAUAUAGUAACCCAAGUAUUCCAAUGGAUUCUGAAACUACCAUGCAAUUAAGUUAUCAACCUGUAGAUCUUGCAGAUAAAGUUAAUAAACCAUGGAGUGAAAUGCGUUCUUAUUAUCCACCCGUUAUACCAAUGGAAGCGACGAAAGCGACUUUGAACCAGUUCAUCACAACAACGAUGAGUAGCAGUGAAUUACAUACUUCUACUGUAUUCAUAAAAUUGUCCAUUUUCGUGAAGGACGACUAUAACUUUCAGUAUCAGAGACCCAAAGUACCUCUGAAAUGA